AUGUCUGUGGUUUCGGUCGCUGAGCCGCCCACGUACAGCCGUUUGCCAGACACGCAACUCUUAGUGAUUCCAUCGAGCAAUGCUGCUCAGUUCCAGAGCGGUUGCCUCGGUGUCGACCAGAUUAGCUCCGUUGAGGGAGAAGUCCACGUAAAAGGCGCCUUGCCAGGGAACUGGAGCAGACUGACCAUAGCACUCGUGACAACUGAGCGCGCACGGUCCACUACUGUUCAGCUCGCGAGCCAUGUCCUCGAACUGUACAAUGCGUUGCCUUCCUCGGCUCCAGGGAGAUCUUCAAAUCCGUCUUCAAGUCCCCCAGUUACCUCGCACUUUUCGCUCCCUCUUACAAAUGAUACACCACAACCCGUUCGCACACCGCAUUCCUCUCUAUCUCAUCAAUUGGUUGCAACUCUGUAUCCGUCAGACGCCAACAAGGAACCGCUUGUCACCGCGCAAGAUAUUGAUAUCAAGCGAUACUCGCCACCAGACCCAGCACUUACACCAUUAAUGCCGAGAACGUACACGCUCGAUACACCACUCAAGGUCGAGCUGCAAGUUGCCAGAUCUGUGUACAGGCUAGGCGACAUUAUUCCUGUUUACGUGACAAUCCCUGUGCCAGAACGAGACCAAAUCACUCGGUCCAGAAUGCGAUUGCGCAAUAUCAAAGUCGAACUGGUGCGAACGACCACCAUUCUUUCUCGUCACACGCACGGUUACUCAGAAAGCUCUGGAUCAGCCUCGACAUCGUUCUCACCAUCCUCGACAAAUAAAGCAAUGUCCGAGUCCAGUCUCCUGAGCGGAGACAUUCCACCAGCGUCUCCUUCUCACGAUGAGAAGUUUACAGACCUGGAUUACGAUGAGGACUCACUAGUUGCUUCCGACGCACCUUCACAGUUUACAACCGUGCUCACACGGUCGGGGGCAUCAGCACGAUUUCAUUCUUCACAGCCUGUACGGAUACGACUUCUCAUCCGUGCAUCGGCACUCCCAUCUAGUCCGGCACAAGUCCCCGCAGACUUCUCGUACAAUCAAAGCGGUGCAUUUGAAUGUACCAUCACUCAACACUCCACGCUUCAUUCAGUCGAAUUCUCCCUGGAGGUUGCGAUUUCCUUCCUUACUCAGCGACCAGAGAGGCCUGAGAGCAGUGCCAAUGCACACGCACCGCCCGUGCAAGAAUAUGCAAAGGUAUCUAUUCCUAUCACACUUCUACCACCACCUGCCAGGAAAGGAGACCAAACAACCGAGUUGGAUAUGGAGCAAGCGUAUCAUAAGAAGUUUGACAAGCCACCUGUGAAAACGAAUCGAGUCGCUGAUGCGGAUGUUGGGCCCCCUGGACCAAGCGCGUCCGGAGCGCCUCCCCCAUUCGACGAGCGAGAUGCACCACCACCUCCGUUUGUCCAAUCCGACCCACAGUCGAUGCAGGCGGGGACGUCGCGGCUGCCUACCUUUCUCGAAUCAGAGGCACAUUAUGUCGUCCCUUUGCCUGGUCCAUCUAGUACUCUCCAAACUCCCUAUGGUGGCUACGUCCCAAUCGAAGGAAGUUCGAAUGCACCCCAGCCGAAUCAAGCAGAAGAGGAUCCAGAUCGUUUGCUCGAGUUGGAGGGCGAGGGUAGGCUCUUUGGCUUUAGGCCCGAGCAGCAAUUCGACGGCUUAGAAGCGUCAUUUGGGGGCGCCGCGGAGCCGCCGCCUGCAAUUGAGAAUGUGCAAGAAGACACAGACGUAACUGCGCUCGCCGACUUGGUCGACCGACCAGAACGGGCACUAGAGGCAAUUGGGCGUGGCAUGAGCGUUGCAUCUGCGGUGGAUCCAGGAGGGUACGCGAGUCACCGCGAGGACGACAUGGACAACUUGGAGCACGCGCUGAGGUUGGACGCGGUGGAAGGGCCUGCACCACCCUUUGUGGAUGACCCUGCUGAUCCUCCUCCGGGAAUUGACAUGGAGUUUCGUACCUCGCCUCCGCCCUUUCCCCCUCCAUCUGCUGACCAGCCCCCGCUCAUCAAUGGUCAAGCAGCUGACCUUCCGCCUCCUCCGAUUGAAGAUGAACCUCUCCCUCGUCCAGAAAUCAUUGAGAAUCCAUCUGUGAGGCCGCCACCGUAUCUUACCACCACGGACGCUCCGUCCGAUAGUCAGCACGGCCCACCGCCAUCAUACGUUGACCUUCGUCCAUCGUCUUGA